CUUUACCAAUGAUGGAUUGCUCCAAGCUAUUCAUUCCCUUUUCCCAAUCUCGCAGCUUCCAUCUCUCUGACUCCUCUCCAUCCAUCCUCCCAAAGCCGAAGCCUGCCUGCUGCCCGCCCCCCAUGUCUCCCGCUGCCGCCGAGAUCACAAGCACCUGCUCCUCUGCAGCGGCAGCAGCAUAGGCUGCAGUGCAAACGGCUGCUGAAUUCCCCGUAAUCACGCUCGCUCCCUUUGCCUUUUUCUUCCUCUUUAUCAUCAUCUUCUUCUUCUUCUUGGAAGAUAUACCGGCCGUACCCCAAGAGCCAGACAAAGAACUAUACUCGAUCCGUCUCCUCCUCCUGCUGCUACUCAGCUAGCAGCUAGUAACCAUUUCUUGAUCUAUUCUGGCACAUGUGGGCAUGGUGAGAUGCAUGGAGAUGAGAUGGGUGUCCAGCUGGUAGCUGGACUGUGCUGGCCGAGAAGUUGGUGAGCAGUGUGAGCUGCGGCUAGCGGAGAGCGCGCGGAGAAGGAUACCGAUGGAGGAUCUGUACAGCAUCCACCCGGGGAUCUCGCGAGGCGGCGGGGGCGCUGCGGCCUGCAGCGAGGCGUCCGGGGUCGCCUGCUCUCCGCCGACGCCUCCGCCGGCGGCAGCCCACCCGUCGACGCCGGAUCUGACGGAGCUUAUGAAGGCGCAGAUCGCUGGGCACCCCCGCUACCCCUCCCUCCUCUCCGCCUACAUCGAAUGCCGUAAGGUGGGUGCGCCGCCGGAGGUGGCCGCGCUGCUCGAGGAGAUCGGUCGGCCGGAGAGGCGCAGUGGGGGCGCCGCGCCCGGGGAGAUAGGCCUCGACCCCGAGCUCGACGAGUUCAUGGAUGCCUACUGCCGGCUGCUGUCGCGGUACAAGGAGGAGCUCUCCCGGCCGUUCGACGACGCCGCCUCCUUCCUCACCACCAUCCGGUCGCAGCUCACCACCCUCUGCGGCGGCGGUGCUACCGCGACCUCGCCGCACUCCGAUGAAAUGGUGGGGUCGUCGGAGGACGAACUGUGCUCAGGAGACGCCGACGUAUCUGAUGCGGGAAUGCAUGAGCACAGCUCCCGGCUGGCCGACCAUGAGCUCAAGGAGAUGCUGCUCAAGAAGUACAGUGGCUGUCUCAGCCGUCUCCGGUCCGAGUUCCUGAAGAAGAGGAAGAAAGGGAAACUACCCAAGGACGCGCGGCUGGCUCUCAUGGACUGGUGGAACACACACUACCGCUGGCCUUACCCAACGGAGGAGGACAAGGUGAGGCUGGCAGCGAUGACGGGGCUCGACCCGAAGCAGAUCAACAACUGGUUCAUCAACCAGAGGAAGAGGCACUGGAAGCCAUCGGAGGACAUGCGGUUCGCUCUCAUGGAGGGCGUCACCGGAGGAGGAGGGUCCUCCUCCGGCACGACGUUGUACUUCGACACAGGCACGAUCGGGCCAUGAUAUGACUGCUCCCAUUUUGGGCAUGUUUGAAAUUUAAUGGCACUUUGCAGUUUUCACACAUACUACAGGUCCGGUGUGAGAUUAGCAAGGGAUGGUAUCAGCUGAAGAUUAAUUAAUUAAUCAAUGGAUGGAUAGCCUCAUGAUCAUUUUGUAGAAACUAUUGUGUAUAUGGGCGAUGUGUAAAAGGAAGAUUCAAGUGACCUGUAAAAAACCUUUCUGAAGUUACUACAAUAGCAUUAAUCA